AUGUCACAGAAGUUGAGCACGAGGGAGCAAAAUCUCUUCCGUCAGGUCGUCCGCAAUUAUGAGGAGAAGCAAUACAAGCGUGGCCUCAAGGCCGCCGAACAGAUCCUCAAGAAGAACCCUAAGCACGGCGACACAAUGGCCAUGAAGGCCCUCAUCCUGAACGCUCAGGGCAAGACCGACGAGGCGUUUGCACUGGGCAAGGAGGCGCUGACCGUUGACAUGAAGUCGCACAUCUGCUGGCACGUCUAUGGACUGCUGUACCGGACCAACAAGAACUUCGAGGAGGCUAUCAAGGCCUACCGGUUCGCCCUCAAGCUCGAGCCCGACUCCAGCCAGAUCCAGCGAGACCUCGCCAUCCUGCAGAUCCAGAUGCGCGACUACCACGGCUACGUCCAGAGCAGGCUUUCCAUGCUGCAGCAGCGUCCCCAGCUGCGGCAGAGCUGGACCGGCCUGGCCAUCGCCCACCAUCUGGCUGGCAAUCUUACCGAGGCCGAAAACAUACUGAAGACGUUCGAGGAGACGCUCAAAACACCCCCGCCCAAGACAGACCUCGAGCAUGCAGAGGCCAUCAUGUACCGGAACAUGAUCAUUGCCGAGACUGGCGACAUUCAAAGGGCCUUGGACCAUCUUGAAUCGGCCUGCAAGCAGAACCUGGACCGCUUGUCCUUUAUGGAAGCACGAGCCAGGUAUCUGGCCCAGCUGGGGAGGAAGGAUGAAGCGGCCCGGGCCUACCGCGCACUCCUUGACCGGAACCCCGAUCACCCUGAGUAUUAUGACUCCCUCAUUGCAGUUCUCGACUUGGCAGAGGGUGAUCUUGCUGCUCGCAAAGCAAUAUAUGACGAAUAUGUCGCCAAAUCGCCUCGUUCAGACGCCGCGAAACGGCUCCCCCUGGACUUCUUGACCGGCGAUGACUUCAGGGAAGCAGCCAAGAAGUAUUUGACUGCGGUUCUAGACAAGGGUGUGCCCUCCACCUUUGCCAACUUGAAGCACCUUUAUAGUGAUGAUUACAAGAGAACAACCCUGCCCGCCCUGGUGCAGGAGUACCUGGAGAGGGUAGGCGGGGAGCAAGCUAAUGGGGACAGCUCCAAGGGCAAAGGGGCGGCCCUCUACUUUUUGGCUCAGCAUUACAACUACUCCAAGAGCCGCGACCUUGCCAGAGCUAUGGAAUACGUGGACAAGGCCAUUGAGCUGGAUCCCAAGAAUGUUGACUUUGCCAUGACCAAGGCGCGCAUAUGGAAGCACCAUGGGAACCUGCACAGGGCAUCAGAGGCUAUGGAUCAAGCCCGAGCACUUGAUACCAGGGAUAGAUACAUCAACACCAAGGCUGCCAAGUACCAGUUACGAAACAAUGAGUGCGACAAGGCACUUAAGACAAUGGGCAUGUUCACCAAGGCCGAUACGCCCGGCGGCCCACUGGCAGACCUUCUGGAUAUGCAGAGCGUUUGGUUCCUGACCGAGGACGGCGAGGCCCACGCGCGACUUGGCAACAUGGGACUAGCCCUGAAGCGGUUCCACUCGGGCAUGAUCCGGGCCUACGUCGAUAUGGUGCGGUGGGAGGACCACCUGCGGGACCACCCGAUGUACACGCGCGUGGCGAUCGAUGCGGCACGCGUCUACCUGCGGCUACACGAGGAGCAGAAUGCAGUGGAGGCCAACGGGGUCAAUGGCUCGGCGGGCGCACACGGCGACGACGCCCUAGAGAAAAAGAAGGCGGCAAAGAAGGCAAAGAAGGAAUCUCAGCGUCUGGAGCGUAAGGCGGCGGACAGGGCAGCCAAGCAGAACCCUAACCAGGGCCAAAAAGGCAAGCAGGACGCCGAAGCGCUGAAGAAGAAGGACGACGACCCACUCGGGCAGAAAUUGGCGGGCACGAUGGAUCCGCUGGGAGAAGCCAUGAAGUUUGUGAACCCGAUGUUGGCGUGUAGCCCGAAGAGCAUUGAGGCGCAGGCGAUAGCUUUUGAGGUGCUGAUUCUCAGGAAAAAAUACAUACUAGCCCUUGGGUGUCUGAAGGCCGUGCUAGCGUUGGACGGGGAGAACGCCAAGGCCCACGAGCAAGCGGUGCGACUGAGGCAGGCGCUGGACAAGGAGGGCGGUACGCUGUCACCCAAGGUGGCCAAGGUCGUCAAGGCCGAGUUUACUGAAAUCCCGACGUCUACGGAUCUGGCCAAGCACAACGAGGAUUUCCGACAGAGGCACAAGAGCAGCGCGCAGCACGUCCUGGCGAGCAUACGCGUGCAGGAGAGGCUGGGCGAGGACCGAGGCAAGCUUGGCAAGCAAGUCGCGGGCUUGCUGCAGCUGGAGGGAGUGGAGCUGAGAGACGCCAGCGAUGCGCAAGAAGUGCUGAAGAACUGGAAGAGCGGAGAGCUAGAGGGGUUCAAGAAGGCGGCAGCGGAGAAGUGGCCUGAGUCGUCGUUGUUCCUAUAA